AUGGCUUGUGGUAUCAGCAGGAUGGCAGCUCCCACAAUAGGUGCCACAGGCUCUAAAAUCUGUGCCACAUCAACUGUAGCUGUCGAGGUGAGAUGGGAGAACUGCUGUAGACUCUUACCUGUCCCUCCUCUGGCUUCUGAAGAAGCACUAGGUCAUGCUCUGUGGUAUCUGUGUUGGCCCAGGUCCCUGCAAGAGUUUUCAGAAAGUCCAGCUAUGUCAAGACGUGAGAAUCUCAGCUCUUCCCACUUGUUCGUGCUCACUGAUGCACCCAAGAGCAUCACUGAAUGGCUGGUGUUCUGGGAAAAGGAUCCAGUGGAGAUUCUGCUUAAUUUGGGGUUUGGUACAGAAGAACCUGAUGUCUGCACAAAAAUCCCUCCUCGGUUCCUCAGUGGUGCUUCUGUAGCAAAAGGGUUCAACGUCCAAGUCUUUUUGGAAGCUCAGAAGCAGCGGAUGGAUGUUGAGAAGCCAAACCUACAUGAACAUUUUUGACGGCUGGAAGUACUUGACCAUGUAUCCAGUGCCCUCACAUCUUUGCUGAUUGAUGUCAAUACCCAAUAGACCAAAACACAGGACACUGGCAAGGAAGAAUUUUUCCUCCUCUCUUCCUUUUCUUUUCAGAUUCAGAGUUUUGAGAAUGAAAGUCUACGUGGAAAUGCUCCUGACCCCACUUCAGUUGAGUUUAUACAUUAUCCUUCUAUCCUUACUGAGGGCCAAAAGGUGCUGCUGAUCGGGACCCUACACGGCCUGGGACACGGCUCAAACUGUACACUUCAUGAAAUUGAAGUGAUGAAGAGCUCCUGCCAGCAUUUCCAGAAGAAGUUGAAUGAGAUUGAACAGCACCUGACCAAACAGCAGGCGCUGUUUUCCGGCGCUAUGCCAUGUGAAGGAAGGGAGGAAAGCAGAUACCUGCAACUCUUACAGUGAGCCAUUUGUCAGGAAGUUGCAGAGCUGGAGUUUCAGUUGAAGAAUCAAGUUUAUCAAGUCAGCGAGAGCAUUCUGCAGCAGCUGGACAAAUUACUAGCAGAACAAUCCCAUCUGUUUUCUGAGCUUUCUUUCUUUGACUGGAAGGAAGAAAGAAAAACCCAGAAUAAACAAGUGUUUCCAGAUGCUGCUAACACUGUGCAUCCUCGAAGUAGGUGCUCAAAAAUGGUGCACAGAAGAGCUCCUAGCAAAAACAUGACAGCAACAGGCUCCCUCUCUGCCCCACAGCCAGGGGCAACCACAACAGUUUCCUAUCAGGAUAACACUUGAGCCAAAUUCAGCCAAGCCUGCCCCACAGAAGCUCUCUACCAGUAAAAAAGGAAAUAAAAGGACACUCACAAGCAAAAAUGGACUUUAAGACAUUCAUACACAAAAUAAAGAGAGGUCUCAGCCUCAAGGUUUUAAGUGGAAGAGAUCGCCGAUCUGCAGUGCAAUUUUACUAUUUUGUCUCAUUGCCACAGUCUAGAUGAGGACCAUUUCCUUCUCAGUUGUGCAUUUCUUGAAGGGACGAAGCCAGUGUUUCAGGGCACUGUCAGUCUGCAGAGGCAACAAAAGUGGAACUGAGACUGGACCUGCCUUGAUAUUUCUCAGUAAACUGUGGCAAUCAUCUAGAUGAUCCAGAGAGAAGAACACAUAAAUAUAGGGGUUGCGUGUGGCUUGCUUGAACUUUGAAUGCAACUGUUUGACUAAUCAAUAUUUUCAACCCUAUCACAUCCUGUGAAAUUAGUAAUUUAUGGAUUCAAAUUGUAGACACAAUUAAUCAAUUUUUCAAGGACAGUAAAGGCAGUGAAUUGGAAGGUUUGUUGUUUUUCUGAAGAAAUUUCAAGUCAGCAUUUCUGACUGAUCUGAUCUUACCAUGUAACCAGAAAAAAAGUCUGCCUUUUUUAAUACAAAAUAAACCUAGAAAAUAUAUUAGAUAGCUCCCUUAUAAGUUAACGGUCUCUUCCAUCUAAACAUGUGUCCUGAUUUUUAAAGGAAUGAUCAUUCUCAGAAAUCAAAAAUUUAGGGUUAAAUUCUGCAUAAACCUCAUGUAAACACCAUGGGAGGGAAUGCUUUUUAUUGUAGUCUUAUACUACUUUAUUGUUUUAUGUUGAUACUACCACUGAUAUUAUCAAGCAGAAUCAGGUUUCUUAGCACACAAUUCAAAGAAUGAGACCCACAGACAGUGAGGAACAAGAAAUCGAAAUAUUUGAGAUAAUGUUUUGUCAUCUUUCAUACCCAUUUCUUUUUAAGACUGAUCUUGGUCAUUCUCUAAACAUACAAAGAAAACAUCUUUUUUUUUUUUUUUUCCAGAUGAAGAAAUCUUUCCAAAAUUCUUUAGUUAAUGAUUCAGCAGAAGGAAAAGACUGAUGGACGACAAACUUACAGAUUUUUUUUUAAUAAUUGUGGCCUUUUUCUUUAAAUGCAUGGCAUGUGACAGAAGAAAAUGAACAAAAUAUUGCAUUAUAGAAAGUUCUGAUCACGGCAGUUUCAUUUGCCAUGACUGACUGGAAAAACAGGCAUUUUUAAAGGAUGUUUUGAAGAGAGGUGUUAAAUAUUUUGCUAUUCUGUGAUUACUAAACUUACUAUGCUCCUAUUGGCAAUCAUGUGGGAUAGGGCUGCUCUUUGUAAAGCCAUUUAAAAAGAAGAGGAGAGGGCUUAUUUUCUGAGAAGAAACAAGAACUUGCAGAUAGUCCAGGAAAUGCUACUAGAAGAUAUUCUCCUUAUAGUUAGUUAUUUCAGUAGUCAUUCAACCAAUACUAAAUUUCAUGUCCAAAGUACCUUAUAUAGUCCUAGCUACAUUCUAAAUUUUAACUUGCUACUAACUGCUUCUGAUUAAUUUUGUAAGGCUGGUAUCUACCCUCUGUAUCAAAUCAGAAGCUCAUUGACAGUGUACAAAAUGUUAAACUGUCAAACUAUUACUGUGCAAAGUCUCUUAGCUUUCCUCCUCCUUUUUAUAUUUGCUUCAUAUAAAUCCAAUUAAGACCAAAACGAGAUGAGAAACACAGGGUUUUCUACAUUAUAAGCCUGGAAUCAGAAUCCUGGUUCAGUUUUCUGGGGAGCAGGCAGAGCCUGGAUUCAUGCAGAAAAACCCUCUCAAGUUUGGAUAACAGCAAAGAAAUCAACUGGUUCAUUUUCAAAGUAGUGCAGUUUUCAAUUUAGAGCUUCCCAGACUGUGAGAUGUCCUACUGUCUUGUUUGUUUGAUGCUCUGAAGGGAUCUUAGGUGCCAUUUAGGCUUUGGUGUUGCAAAUCACAGCUCUGCAAAGGUGCAAAUAGAAAUAGCAUUUACACAUGUUUAAAGAGAAAAUGGAGUCAAACAUGCUGAGCAGCCUCGAGGCUCCUUGCACCUCCACGUUUCCACAGAUGUUCAGGGUAAUAAAAUUAUUGGUGGAGAGAGGUACACAACAUAGGAACUAACAAAAUCUUCUACAGCCUGCUGGGCCAUGAAUUUUACUGGUUGAAAUUUGCCCCUUUCUUGAGACCCAGCAUGGGAUCUGUACACUAUUUCCACACUAACAAGUAUUUUAGAGUUCAUAUGUCAAGAUUUGUGAUUAUGAUAGUAUGUUCAGGCAACAUGCAAAUGGAAAAUGGAAUUUUUGGUGGAAUAAGCAAUAAAUUUGUCAUAAUAUUUUCUCCUUCUACUGGCUUAGAAACUGCACUUGCAGAUAUUAUGCAUCAGUUUGUGGAGGAAAGCAAAUAAAGAGAAUGGUUAAAGACAUACAAAAAGUGCUGAAGGCCUACUGGAGGAAAGAAUGACUAUGAAGCUUCCUUGCCUCAGCCCUACCAGUGAUUCCUGCUUUUUGCAAGUCACUUCAACAUGAUGCAUAAAAGCUCUGAAGGUAUGUGAUGCUGCAAUUACUAUUGGCCCAUCUUAUGUCCAUGUGUACAGAAGAUGCUAUUGGCAGGUGGCAGCUGUUCAUACAGGACCUCUGGUGCCAUUUGAAUUCUACAAUUUAUAUUCUCAAUGAGGACUGAAUAUGACUCUUGCUAACAAAACUGUUUGAAUUACCUCUAGAUUGCUAUGUGCAGUCCAGCUCCUCAUUUCAUUUUAAAUAUAAAAUAAUUUCAUGCAACACAUGGAUGGGAUAGGCUUCUCCGAUAUGCAACACUUACAUACUCACAAAUAUCGUUACUGUGAAUGUGUUUGCAUGUAUAGCUAGAAAACUACUCAAGCCUUCAAUGUUGUUUUAAUUGUUAAGCUGCAGCCUUAUAGUGUCAGGGUUGACAGCAAGCCUGUCAGCAGCCUGGCAUUUAUUGAAGAAGCAGUGGACAUACCGGAUUACAGUAUACCCCUGAAAGGAGGAGAACACAGCAUGCAGAAGAACAUGGGCAACUUUCAGAAAGGAAGAAGAUGGAGGACAGAAAUGGACUUCCUGUACUUUUUACAAGUCAAGAUGACUCGACAAAAGCUGUGUUUACUAUUUUGCAACCAAUCCUGGUGUGUGCAUACAUGAAAGUACCAAUGGCAGGUUGACAUGUGGGUGGCCUUAUGGCCUGAUGUAUGUAUACCAAUAGAAAGUGACAUGUGUGUGGCCUGAUCUGUGUGUACCAAUAGCAGGAUGACAUGUGUAUAGCCUAAGUUUAUAUGAAGAUACCAAUAAAAAGUUGACAAGUGUGAUAUGUGAAAAGUAUAAAUGUUUGCAACCUGUUACAGUAAAGUGAUUAUAGACUUCUUGUAA